AUGAAGCAGAAGCUAUCGGAAGAUGAUUUACAUAAGGUCCUCAAAGGAAUUGCUGACUUCCUUUACAAUAUUGAAGAUGUACAACGGUAAGUUGAGGUGUUUUUGAUAGUUUUUGCUGCGUUUUAGGUCGUUAACUCUAUAUUCCUCUUAAUCACAACAGAUUAUAUUUAAAUUUCCCCUUUUCCGAUAUUGUACUAGCCCAAUUUUCAGAUUCCUUCAAAAGAGUUUUGAUGCAAUGUUAGAACAGAAGACUGGGGCCUCGAUAACAUUGCUUGGACCUCCGGGAUCGGGGAAACGUUCGGUUGUGCGACGAUUUGCCCAUGCGCAGAAGGGGGAGAUCAAUUUGAUUGAGCACAACGCCAAUCUGGACGACAUGAUCUCAGCAAAAGAGCGAUUACGACAGCUGGAAGAGCUUUUGGACCAGGAUUCGAAGGUGUGCUAUGUCAUCUACAAUUUCGAGAAGUUUAAAGGCACUUUUGGCAACAAUGUGCUCUAUACGUUGGCACAACGGGUCCGAUCUUCACCUUUGCUAUUGAUAUUGGUGGGAGAAAGUCAAGUAAGUCUUUGAUUUUUGUGUUUCUGUUUUUAGGAUCACUUCAGAAGAUAAAAUACGGCACUGUGAAUGUUUUCAGAAAGGUUUAUCGGUGUUUGAAAAACGGAUUGCCUCGAGGUUAUCGUCAAACUCUUUACGGAUGAUACCCAACAAAACGCCGGAAAAAUGCUGGGAAUUCUUCACGGAGAUGCUGAAUUUUGCCACUACGGACCUGUCCAAGACUACAAGGAAGCUUUUUAAAGUAGGAAUUCUUCAAAGCUUUUGAGUUUUACCUCAGAAAACAUGAUUUAUAUUAACCAUGACACCUUAUAGUUGCCGACUGAAAUUCCGAUCAAUUUCUACAGAAUAUGUAGGCUAAAUCCGAUCUAUGGGGCGUUAAAACUCUUGGCAAAGGACCUGGUUGAUACUUAUUACGACUCAGAGGGAGCUUUGGAGAUCUCUGAUAUUAUACUUGACCUGAUCAAGGAAAGAUUGAGUGUUGACCCAUACAAAGAGCUGGCUGAUCGUAAGUUGAUAUAAAAAUGUCUUUAUUGAACUUUUUGUGAUAUUUAGAACUUAAAAUCGCCAGGUUUUGAUGUCCAAUAAUAUAGUUAUGACCAUUUUUUCAGAAAUUACUGAUCGCCAAUACGGAUUGUUGAUGGCCGCCGCGAUCAAAACCGAACGAGUCCAUCUGUAUUUCCCAAGUCGAUAUCUGUUUAGUGAGUACAAACGAUUCAUAAAUCAGAAGGGAAUCCCGGAACGGUCGAUAUUAUACUUGACCGAAAAGAAUUUUGAUUCCGACCUGAGGGAAUUGAUUGGUAUGAAGUUUUUCGGUGCGAAAUAUCAAGGAAAUCGGAUUAUGUAUGUUCUGUUUGGAAUAUAUUUGAGAUUUUUUUUAUUUUUUUAGUAACGUUAUAUUACUUUAGGUAAAAGCUACCUUAUUUUAGAUAAAAUUAAAUCAAAAAAGGCCAAGUUAAGACUAAGACUGAAAUUUGCAGACAAUUUUUCAUCUUUUGAUGACAAAAUAAUACUUAUUUUUAUAAAUUUGCAACAUUAAUUUACCUUAUUUUAGCAUGAUUUGCUGGAAUCUGAACCCCCUCCCGUUGUUUGAGCCUCAUAUUAAGGACAAGUUCCUCUCAAAGUUUAGCAAUUACAUUGAAGAACGGGCCGACCCCAAUUUCAAGAAUCUCAGAAUGUAA